AUGGUUGAAGAAAGAGUAAAAUUAUGUGAUGAAACUAUAUUUCAAUGUUCAAUUUGUUGUAAUAAUAUUAAUGAUCAAAAGAAUGUAUAUGAAAUCGAAUCCUGUCAUUGUCAAUUUUGUAAAGAGUGUGUAUAUCAGUAUUGUACCAGUCAAAUAAAUACAGCAUUGGUACCAAUUAUAUGUCCAAAUGGUGAGUGCAAUAAUCAAUUAUCUUUAAAUGAGCUUAGUAUUCUACUUCCUGAUUCACAAUUUCAACUUUAUAAUAAACUUUUACUUGAUCAUGAAGUAACAAAUGAUCCUCAUCGUCUUUUUUGUCCACAUGUUGAUUGUGGUCAUAUAUUGUCGAUAGCUGAUGAAAGAAAAACUCGGAAAGAAUAUCCGAUGACUUGUACAAAAUGUCAAACAACAUUUUGUUUAAAAUGUCGUUCACAAUGGCAUCCAAAUAAACAUUGUUCCGAUUUACUUACACCAUAUGAAAUGGAGCCUGAUUCAAAUAUAAAACGUUGUCCACGAUGUCGUUUUCCAUUAGAAUGGAUUGCGGGUUGUGCACAAAUUAUGUGUGUUAAUUGUAAACAUAUUUUCUGUUGGUAUUGUUUAAAAUCACUUGAUAAUGAUUUUUUCCUAUUACAUUUUGAACGUGGACCUUGUCGAAAUCGACUUGGCCAUUCUCGUGCGUCCUUAUUUUUUCAUCGUCUUACUAUUGUUGGUAUUUUUAUUGGCUUAACUCUUUUAUUUCUCAUAACUAUUCCAUUUCUUAUCAUAACUGCACCAUGUUUAUUAUGUUGCCGUUAUAAACAAAUCAAAAAUCGUUUGAAAAAUUUAACGAAAUUAGGACAACGUUUUCAACAACAACAGUAUACACCAACGACUCAUCCAUCACCUUCAUCAUCAUUAAAUCAAUUAAAUAGUUCAUCAUUAAUUGAUAUCGAGCAAGAAUCAAGAACAGUUCUCAAAAGUCCAUUAUUAUCUUCACCAUCGUUAACAACUAUCGAUAAAACGAAAUCGGAUUUACCAUCCGUCUGA